AUGUUAGACGGACGCAAUCUUGAAAUUGUGCUUACGGCGGCAAAUUCCGCCGCUCAAGCCUGGUAUGGCUAUGACCAGGGUGUAGUGAGCGGUAUCCUCAUCAGCCCAGACUUUAUCAACGUCUUUCCUCAGACAAAAGUGUCUUCAAUUCAAGGCAUUACAGCCAGCUGCUUCUCCCUGGGAAACCUGGUAGGAUGUUUAUUGGCAGCCUGCUACGGGAAUCGACUGGGCCGGAAGAACACAUUGCGGACAGGAUCGAUCAUCAGUGCUAUUGGUGCUGUACUUCAGUUCUCUUCUUACUCAUUUGCUCAGCUAAUUGUUGGGCGUGUGAUCAAUGGAGUUGGAAACGGCUGUUCGUUUCUCCCUGGUGGUUACCAAUGGCGACUCCCCCUGGCUCUACAGCUCGUUCCGUGCAUGUGCCUCCUUUCACUCCUUCCCCUCAUACCGGACAGUCCGCGUUGGCUGUUGAUGACUGGCAGAACCGAACAGGGACUAGAGUCAAUUCGACGCUAUGCCGGAGAGAGGCUUGCAGUCGAAGACCCCAUUGUCCAGAGUGAAUACCACUCAAUUGUGGGCGCUCUUUGCAUUGAGCGGGAAUCCCAAAUCUCAUUUACGCAAGUUAUCGCCCGUCGCGAUAGGUCUGGUCACUUGAGGCGAAUGCUUCUUGGAUGCGGUGGGCAAUUCAUGCAGCAAUUCAGCGGCAUAAAUGCUCUCAAUUACUACUUCACGAUUAUUUUGAUCAACAACGUAGGAGAAACUGAGCUUCUGGCAAGAAUACUUACCGGAUGCAAUGCCACCUCGUACAUGGUUUCGUCUGCGAUGGCCUUCUGGCUAAUUGAAAGGUCUGGACGCCGAAUGCUGAUGCUUAGUGGACUCUCGCUACAAUGCCUGGCCUAUGUGAUGGUAGCAAUUUCUAUUGCCUUGCUUAACCAGGCCCCAUUCCAGUGGGGUGUGGUAGCGGUUUCGUUUUUGUUCUUCUUCUACGCAGUAUUUGGCUUUUCCUGGGGAAUGGCUCCAUGGGUAUAUCAAGCAGAGAUUAACUCACUUGCUAUGAGAACCCAGGGAGCUGCGGCAGCGACAGCGACAAAUUGGCUGUGUGGGUUUAUUUGCACCCAAUUUACCCCGACAGGGAUCCAGAAUAUUGGAUAUCGUUUCUAUAUUAUUUUUGCGGUAUUCAAUAUUGCAUUCAUACCAGUUGUCUACUUCCUAUACCCCGAAACGGCCUACCGCACUCUUGAGGACCUGGAUGUCUACUUCGACCGCGACUCUCCCCACCCUACCAUCAUCCCGAUUAAUGAUAAAGUUGCCAAGCAAUGCAAACGACCUUUGGAAGCUAUUGAGGCAGAAGCUAACCGUGUUGCCGCCACAAAAGCUAUUGAUUUAAAGGUUGGUACAUCAGAGCACGUGGAAGAUGUAGAUGUGUAG